UAUCUGGUCCCGGCAGCAGCGAUGUCCCCCGGCAGGAAUGUCCCUCCUCAGAUAAUGUUAUUUAUAUCUCUGGGCGGGUCCGCGGCUCGGCAGCACCAGGCGCCCGGCGGCCGCUGUGCUAGGAGCCCUGUGCUGCCCUCUUCCCCCUGCGCCGCUGCCGCCCCUGGGCUCGGGGUGGCCGCCGCUAAAGCCCCAGCGCAGGGACCCUUCCAUGAAGACUGAGGCAGGCAUAACUGCUGAGAGCCUGCUGACAUGACAUCGGCCACGGAGUUUGAAAACGUGGGCAACCAGCCACCGUACAGCCGGAUCAAUGCCCGCUGGGAUGCCCCGGACGAUGAGCUGGAUAAUGACAACAGCUCAGCCAGGCUCUUUGAGAGGUCCCGGAUCAAGGCCUUGGCAGAUGAGCGGGAAGUGGUUCAGAAGAAGACCUUCACAAAAUGGGUCAACUCAAACCUGGCUCGUGUGCCCUGCCGCAUCACUGACCUCUACAAGGACCUGCGGGAUGGAAGGAUGCUCAUCAAGCUCCUGGAGGUGCUUUCUGGAGAGAUGCUGCCGAAGCCCACAAAGGGGAAGAUGCGCAUCCACUGCCUGGAGAAUGUGGACAAGGCCUUGCAGUUCCUCAAGGAGCAGCGUGUGCACCUGGAAAACAUGGGCUCCCAUGACAUCGUGGAUGGCAACCACCGCCUGGUCCUGGGCCUCAUCUGGACCAUCAUCCUUCGCUUCCAGAUUCAGGACAUUGUUGUCCAAACAAUGGAAGGUCGUGAGACACGCUCAGCCAAGGAUGCAUUGCUAUUAUGGUGUCAGAUGAAGACAGCAGGCUACCCCCAGGUCAAUGUCACCAACUUCACCUCGAGCUGGAAGGAUGGCCUGGCCUUUAACGCCCUGAUACACAAGCACCGGCCUGACCUGAUCGACUUUGAUAAACUGAAGGACUCCAACGCACGACACAACCUCGAGCAUGCAUUUGAUGUGGCUGAGCGUCAGCUGGGCAUCAUCCCGCUCCUUGACCCCGAAGAUGUCUUCACGGAAAACCCUGAUGAGAAAUCCAUUAUUACCUAUGUGGUGGCAUUUUACCACUACUUCUCCAAGAUGAAGGUGCUGGCAGUGGAGGGCAAGCGUGUCGGCAAGGUAAUUGACCAUGCCAUUGAGACCGAGAAGAUGAUUGAAAAGUACAGUGGGCUGGCCUCUGACCUGCUGACCUGGAUUGAGCAGACCAUCACGGUCCUGAACAGCCGCAAGUUUGCCAACUCCCUGACAGGUGUCCAACAACAACUGCAGGCCUUCAGCACCUACCGCACUGUGGAGAAGCCACCCAAGUUUCAGGAGAAGGGUAAUCUGGAAGUCCUACUUUUUACCAUCCAGUCCCGGAUGAGAGCCAACAAUCAGAAAGUGUAUACACCUCACGAUGGGAAACUAGUAUCUGACAUCAACCGGGCCUGGGAAAGCCUGGAGGAAGCUGAGUACCGGCGGGAGCUGGCCCUGAGGGAGGAGCUCAUUCGGCAGGAGAAGCUGGAGCAGUUGGCCCGGCGCUUUGACCGAAAGGCCGCCAUGAGAGAGACGUGGCUCAAUGAAAACCAGCGCCUCGUGGCUCAGGACAACUUUGGGUAUGACCUGGCCGCCGUGGAGGCCGCCAAGAAGAAGCAUGAGGCCAUUGAGACUGACACAGCUGCUUACGAGGAGCGGGUGAGGGCCCUGGAGGACCUGGCCCAGGAGCUGGAGAAGGAGAAGUACCACGACCAGAAGCGCAUCACUGCCCGCAAGGACAACAUCCUGCGCCUGUGGAGCUAUCUGCAGGAGCUGCUGCGGUCCCGGCGCCAGAGACUCGAGAAGACCCUGGCCCUGCAGAAGCUCUUCCAGGACAUGCUGCACAGCAUCGCCUGGAUGGAUGAGAUCAAGGCUCACCUCUUGUCUGCUGAGUUUGGGAAGCACUUGUUGGAGGUCGAGGACUUGCUACAGAAGCACAAGUUGAUGGAAGCUGACAUCGCCAUCCAAGGAGACAAAGUGAAGGCCAUCACUGCAGCCACCCUGCAGUUCACUGAGGAGAAAGGAUACCAGCCCUGCGACCCCCAGGUUAUCCAGGACCGUAUCAGCCACCUGGAGCAGUGCUUUGGGGAGCUGAGCAACAUGGCUGCUGGGCGGAAGGCCCAGCUGGAGCAGUCUAAGCGACUCUGGAAGUUCUUCUGGGAGAUGGAUGAGGCCGAGAGCUGGAUCAAGGAGAAGGAGCAGAUCUACUCUUCCCUGGACUAUGGCAAGGACCUGACGAGUGUGCUCAUCCUGCAGCGCAAGCACAAGGCCUUCGAGGAUGAGCUCCGAGGGCUGGACACCCACCUGGAGCAGAUCUUCCGGGAGGCAGAGGGCAUGGUUGCACGUAAGCAGUUUGGGCACCCGCAGAUUGAGGCCCGAAUCAAAGAAGUGUCUGCCCAGUGGGACCAGCUGAAGGAGCUGGCUGCCUUUCGCAAGAAGAACCUCCAGGAUGCUGAGAACUUCUUCCAGUUCCAGGGUGAUGCUGAUGACCUAAAGGCCUGGCUGCAAGAUGCCCACCGGCUGCUCUCAGGCGAAGACGUGGGGCAGGAUGAGGGGGCCACACGGGCCCUGGGGAAGAAGCAUAAGGACUUCCUGGAAGAGCUGGAGGAGAGCCGCGGGGUGAUGGAGCAUCUGGAACAGCAGGCCCAGGGCUUCCCCCAGGAGUUUCGGGAUUCCCCAGACGUGACCAACCGGCUGCAGGCCCUCCGGGAGCUCUACCAGCAGGUGGUGGCCCAAGCAGACCUGCGUCGGCAGAGGCUGCAGGACGCCCUGGAUCUAUACACAGUGUUUGGGGAGACAGACGCCUGUGAGCUGUGGAUGGGUGAGAAGGAGAAGUGGCUGGCGCAGAUGGAAAUCCCAGACACACUGGAGGACCUGGAGGUCGCACAGCACAGGUUUGACAUCCUGGACCAGGAGAUGAAGACUUUGAUGAUGCAGAUUGACGGCGUGAACCUCGCUGCCAACAGCCUGGUAGACAGCGGCCACCCUCGCAGUGGGGAAGUGAAGAAGUACCAGGACCACCUGAACAGCAGGUGGUUGGCGUUCCAAGCUGUAGUGUCAGACCGGCGGGAGGCGGUAAACUCAGCCCUCAGGGUGCGUAACUAUUGUGUGGACUGUGAAGAGACUAGCAAGUGGAUUGAGGACAAGAUGCAUGUGGUGCGGUCCACAAAGGACCUGGGCCAGGACCUGGCAGGUGUCAUUGCCAUCCAGAGGAAGCUGUCGGGGCUGGAGCGUGAUGUGGCUGCCAUCCAGGCCCGUGUGGGUGCCCUGGAGCGUGAGUCGCAGCAGCUGAUGGAGUCACACCCUGAGCAGAGAGAGGACAUUGGCCGGCGGCAGGCAUGUGUGGAACAGCUGUGGAAGGACCUGCAGGAAGCCCUCCAGGAGCAGGAAGCCUCUCUGGGUGAAGCCAGCCAGCUGCAGGCCUUCCUAAAGAAUCUAGAUGACUUCCAGUCCUGGCUGUCCAUGGCCCAGAAGGCCGUGGCCUCCGAGGACAUGCCCGAGUCUCUCCCUGAGGCCGAGCAGCUCCUUCAGCAGCACGCGGCCAUCAAAGAUGAGAUUGAUGGGCACCAAGAGAGCUACCAGCAUGUCAAGGCAUCAGGGGAGAAAGUGAUCCGUGAUCAGACGGACCCAGAGUACCUGCUCCUGGGCCAGAGGCUGGAGGGCCUGGAUGCUGGCUGGGAUGCCCUGUGGCGGAUGUGGGAGAGCCGCAACCGCUCGCUUGCCCAGUGCCUUGGCUUCCAGGAGUUCCAGAGAGAUGCCAAGCAAGCUGAAGCCAUCCUCAGCAAUCAGGAAUAUACUCUAGCUCACUUGGAGCCCCCAGACUCCCUAGAGGCUGCAGAGGCUGGGAUCCGGAAGUUUGAGGAUUUCUUGAUGUCUAUGGAGAACAACCAGGAUAAGGUCUUGAGUCCUGUGGACUCUGGAAACAAGCUGAUAGCUGACAAAAACCUCUACUCAGACAAGAUCCUGGAGAAGGUGCAGCUGAUUGAGGACAGGCACAGGAAAAGCAAGGAGAAGGCUCAGGAGGCCUCAACAAUUCUGAGAGACAACUUGGAGCUCCAGAACUUCCUCCAGAACUGCCAGGAGCUCACACUCUGGAUCAAUGACAAGCUGCUAACAUCUCAGGAUGUCUCCUAUGAUGAAGUGAGAAACCUUCAAAACAAGUGGCUGAAGCACCAGGCCUUUGUGGCAGACCUGGCUUCCCACCAAGGGUGGCUAGAUAGCAUUGAUGCAGAAGGAAAGACACUGAUGGAGGAGAAGCCCCGUUAUUCGGCCCUGGUGUCCCAGAAGCUGGAAGAGUUGCACCGACUCUGGAAUGAACUUCAGGCCGCCACACAGGAAAGGACCCAACACCUCUCAGCUGCCAGGAACGCCUACCUGCGCUCACAGACCCACGCCGACCUCAACAAAUGGAUCAGUGCUAUGGAGGACCAGCUGCGGUCCGAUGACCCGGGCAAGGACCUGACCAGCGUCAACCGGAUGCUGGCUAAGCUGAAGCGUGUGGAGGACCAAGUGAAGGUGCGGAAGGAGGAGCUGGGGGAGCUGCUUGGCCAGGUGCCCUCGCUGGGAGAGGAAGCAGGAGACACAGAUGUGAGCAUCGAGAAGCGGUUCCUGGACCUCAUGGAGCCCCUGGAGAGGAGGAGGAAGCAGCUGGAGUCGUCCCGAGCCAAGCUGCAGAUCAGCCGGGACCUAGAGGAUGAGACGCUCUGGGUGGAAGAGAGGCUGCCCCUGGCCCAGUCAGCCGACUAUGGCACAAAUCUACAAACUGUGCAGCUGUUCAUGAAGAAGAAUCAGACGCUGCAGAACGAGAUCCUGGGCCAUGCGCCACGGGUGGAGGACGUGCUGCAGAGAGGGCAGCAGCUGGUGGAGGCGGCAGAGGUCGACUGCCAGGACAUCGAGGAGCGCCUGGGGCGCCUGCAGAACUUGUGGGACACGCUGCGGGAGGCUGCGGCCGGGAGGCUGCAGCGCCUGCGGGACGCCAGCGAGGCCCAGCAGUACUAUCUGGAUGCAGGCGAGGCCGAGGCCUGGAUCAGCGAGCAAGAGCUCUACAUCAUCUCCGACGAGAUCCCCAAGGAUGAAGAGGGCGCCAUCGUGAUGCUGAAGCGGCAUCUGAGGCAGCAGCAAACGGUGGACGAGUACGGGAGGAACAUCAAGCAGCUGGCCUCCAGGGCCCAGGGCCUGCUGUCCGCAGGCCACCCUGAGGGGGAACAGAUCAUCCGGCUUCAGGGGCAAGUGGACAAGCAGUACGCAGGGCUGAAGGACAUGGCAGAAGAGCGCAAGCGGACGCUGGAGAACAUGUACCACCUGUUCCAGCUGAAGAGGGAGGCGGAUGACCUGGAGCAGUGGAUUACGGAAAAGGAGCGGAUGGCCUCUUCCCUUGAAAUGGGGCAAGACUUUGACCAUGUCACUCUGCUCCGGGACAAGUUCCGGGACUUUGCCCGGGAGACUGGGGCGAUUGGGCAGGAGCGGGUAGACAACGUGAACAUCAUCAUCGAGCGGCUCAUCGACGCAGGCCACAGCGAAGCAGCCACGAUCGCCGAGUGGAAGGACGGGCUGAACGAGAUGUGGGCAGACCUGCUGGAGCUCAUUGACACGCGCAUGCAGCUGCUGGCCGCCUCCUAUGACCUGCACCGCUACUUCUACACGGGCACCGAGAUCCUGGGCCUCAUCGACGAGAAGCACCGUGAGCUGCCCGAGGACGUGGGGCUGGACGCCAGCACUGCCGAGUCUUUCCACCGGGUGCACACUGCCUUUGAGCGGGAGCUGCAGCUGCUGGGCCUGCAGGUACAGCAGUUCCAGGACGUGGCCACCCGCCUGCAGACAGCGUACGCUGGGGAGAAAGCAGAUGCCAUCCAGAGCAAGGAGCAGGAGGUGUCUGCCGCGUGGCAAGCGCUGCUCGACGCCUGUGCCGGACGCCGUACCCAGCUGGUAGACACAGCAGACAAGUUCCGCUUCUUCAGCAUGGUCCGGGACCUCCUCUCCUGGAUGGAGGGCAUCAUCCGGCAGAUCGAGACCCAGGAGAGGCCCAGGGACGUCUCCUCGGUGGAACUGCUCAUGAAGUAUCACCAGGGCAUCAAGGCGGAGAUCGAAACCCGGAGCAAGAACUUUAGCGCGUGCCUGGAGCUGGGCGAGUCCCUGCUGCAGAGGCAACACCAGGCCUCGGAGGAGAUCAGUGAGAAAGUGAAGCAGGUGCUCUACAGGAGGAAGGAGAUGAAUGAGAGGUGGGAGGCCCGCUGGGAGCGGCUGCGCAUGUUACUGGAAGUGUGCCAGUUCUCGAGGGACGCCUCUGUGGCCGAAGCGUGGUUGAUCGCCCAGGAGCCCUACCUGGCCAGCCGGGACUUUGGACACACAGUGGACAGUGUGGAGAAGCUUAUCAAGAGGCAUGAAGCUUUUGAGAAAUCCACAGCCAGCUGGGCGGAGCGCUUUGCAGCCCUGGAGAAGCCCACUACGCUUGAGCUAAAAGAACGCCAGACCCCAGAGAGACGGGAGGAGGAGCCUGGGCCUCAAGAGGAGGAAGGCGAGACAGCAGGGGAGGAUCCCCGAGGUCCACAUCGCGCAGCCACCGACAGAACGUCCCCGGGGGAAGAAGAGAGGCAGUGGCCUCAGGACCUGCAGCCGCCACCCCCUCCAGGGCCACAGGAGGAGAAAUCCAGUGGGGAGGAGAGGGCCACCACCGAGCCUCUCUAUAAGGUCCUGGACACACCUCUGAGCGAGGGUGACGAGCCUACAACGCUGCCAGCCCAGCGGGACCACGGGUACAGCGUGCAGAUGGAGGGCUACCUGGGCCGCAAGCAUGACCUGGAGGGGCCCAAUAAGAAGGCAUCCAACAGGUCCUGGAACCAUCUGUACUGUGUUCUCCGGAACAGUGAGCUGACCUUCUACAAGGACGCCAAGAACCUGGCCCUGGGGGUGCCCUACCAUGGGGAGGAACCCCUGGCCCUGAGACAUGCCAUCUGUGAGGUUGCUGCCAGCUAUAAGAAGAAGAAGCAUGUCUUCAAGUUGAGGCUGAGCAAUGGCAGUGAGUGGCUCUUCCAUGGCAAGGAUGAGGAGGAGAUGCUGUCCUGGCUGCAGGGUGUGAGCACCGCCAUCAACGAAUCCCAGAGCAUUCGCGUCAAGGCCCAGAGCUUGCCCCUGCCCUCCAUCACCGGCCCCGACGCCAGCCUCGGCAAGAAAGACAAGGAGAAGAGAUUCAGCUUCUUCCCCAAAAAGAAGUAGCCUCUCUGGCGCCCCGCCAGCAGGACCGAGCUGUGCAGGGACUGGCGGGGCGCCUGCGGCCUCCCGGCAGCCCGCCACCGGGGCCACCCGCUGCCUGCGCCUGCCUGCUCUGACUGCAGCCUGGGCCUGCCGCAAUCCCUGCCUCCGCCCUCUGGCUGACGCCUGCCUCCGCCUUCGUGCAGUCCUGGUCCCCUGCAGAGGGCCAGGGACCCCCGCGGCAGGAAACGGCUUCCCAGGCACAGGCCUUCCUCUCCCACACCCCUCCUCCGGGCUGAGGGCCCUCCAACCCCCAAAAACCUGGAGAAGAGAGAUGAGGUUCCCAGACGCUGCCCACUCCCAAAGCAGGUUUGCUUGGGGCCGCCUCCCAUUUGGUCACAGCCAGGGAAAGGGAAGAGGACACUGGAAAUGCCUGACCUGCCCCUUAGGGGCAUGAGGAAGGAGCUUCAGGUAGACCACAGGGCUUUAGCUCUACGCAAGGGGCGGCUGGAGACCCAGGGGACACAACAGGCCUCCUCCCCACUGGCUUCCUCAGAACUGGGUCUCUCCCCUCAGGGGCCCCCUGAUCCUUUCCCCUUUCUUCCUCUCACCAAAACAAAGAAAACGGUGAGGGGGCACCAUCCAAGUCUGGUGGGUCUUAAAUGCAAGGGCCUUAGGCUGCCUCCAGCGCCCUCUGCUACCACCACAGGUGGUAAAAGGGAGGAAAAAGUUCUCAGACUGGUCCUCUUAAAACAACAGAGCAGCAUAAGGCUCAGAGGUGAGGGAGGCAGACAGACCUGGGCACUGCCCAGGGCUCUGCCUCUCCACUCUGGGCCCCUCCCCCAUUCCCCGCCAACCAGCAUGGUCUGAUUCAGACCAGGGCCCCUUAGGGAGACAGCACAGAUCCCUAGAUACAAGACAAAUGCCCCGGCACCUGCACUAAAGCAGCCACAUGCCCAGGGGGUCCUGGCUGCAGCUCGUACCACCUGAGGCUAUCAGCUGGACAGACCGCAAGGUUCAUGACCUGUCACUCUGAGGUGGCACAAGGAACCACCCCUGGGUAUUACCACCCUCUAACAUUGUCCCUGGACAGCUGGGACAAAUGCUGGGGUCCGGGCCGUGAGGCUGUGGCACCCCUUGUGCUCAGCUUCUCCUGAAGGUCCUGGCCUGGGGUCUCGGGGAAGAUGUUCAGUGACCUCUGCACCCAACACUCGCCUGCAAGGCAUAUCCAAAAGGAGCCCUGCAACAACUUAUUUCCCCAGGGGCAGCCUUCCCCAUGCUGUUAAGGUCAGACUUCUGGAGGGAAGAGGGCACUCGUUCCAACAAGGACCCCCUCCAGCACCCUGAAAGCAAUACAGUGCCAGCCCGGCAUCUUAACUGGGGUUAGGUCCAAAAGAGGGGUAACGCUGGGGGGCAGCAGGCGUUACCCCUGAAGAAACCAUAGACAUCCCAGGGGCUGCUGCUCCCUUAUCUUCCCCAUGGGGAGCCUUAGACACAGCCAGAGGAUGCCUCUGGACACGGGUGAGGCCCACGUAGCAACUACAAGGGUAGGCAUGCAGAGUUACUAGGCCUUCCCAGGAGCCCCUAGUGCAGACCCAGCUUAGAGGUCGAUACCACCUGCCACGGGGAAGCUAACUUCGGCAGCCAAGAACAGGAGGGACGUUCUCCAACCGAGCCCAGCAUCCCCAGCUCAGGUGGUCCCACUGUUGUAGCCAGGGUCCUCACUUGGCCUCUCUGCAUCUAAUCCUAUACCCCUCUUUGCAUCUACAGGGAAGCUAGUAUGUACCACUCACCAGCUUCUUUCUCCAGCUGGGGAAACCAAGGCAGGCGGCGGUGAGGUGACGACACUCACCGGGCAAUGAAGAAGGCCUCUAGUGCAUCUGAGGGCACGUCCUGCUCCCAGACAGCAUGUUCUUUACUGAGGAGCAGGCAGUGUCAAGAAUCUUCAACUCGUUCCCAGGGCCAAUCUUGAGGGAGACCAAGGAACACCCCGUCCCCCCCCCCAGCCCCGCCUCCACGUGUGCCAAAGUUGCAACUAAAGUGCGAAAUUUCCAGCAAGUAACUCCGUAAUCCAAAGAAUGAAAGGACCCCAGGGGCAGAGGUAGGUCUGGGUCCCCCAGAUGGCAGCCAGCUGCAUGUGGCCCCCCCCUCUAUCGCCAGCGCCCCACGCAUCCCUCUCACCUCACGCAGGCCCCGAGGCACUCAGCCAACAGGACUGAACCUACAGGAGCCCAGCUUGGGGAGACUGUGCCACAUGGGGCUAAGCUCCUGGUGCCCUGGCAAGGUUUCUUUCUCCCCCUCAAGUUUUCUACUUUGCAAUCCUUUAACAGUAUUCCCAAACUAGGUUGACACAGCUCCCGUCCACACCAGCGUAAGAGGCUUCCUUCCCGGGGCAGCUUAGAGGAAGCUCCUUCUGGGCAUGGUCAGGCAGUCCUCUUUCCCUCUCUCCUUCCCUUUCACCCCCUGGCCUCAACUGAUUAGCUGAAGGGGGUAUGGAGGGUCCUCAGGCCUCCCCCCGGCCCCCACAACGAGCACCAGUAACAGGAAGCUUGUGGAAGGCCUAGCAUCUCCCCCACACCAUUUCUCUUUCCUGCCUAUUGGAGGGCAGCCAGGGUCCCUGAGGUUGGUCCUAAAUCUCUCUCUCCCCUCCCUUUCGGGGGAGGGGACAGGGAUCCAGGACCGAAUGACUUGGUCCUUUGGACAAGCAAGCUCAGGGAGGACACAAGGGAGGAGGCAGCUACACACGACUGCAACCCUGCUGGGCACAGACCAUGCGAUCUGGGGGUGGCCCUGGGGCCAGCGGGGCCUUGUCCUCCACCUGCUCAAAUGUGCUUCCACCAACCAGAGAAAACCCAUUUACUAGUUUUUCUAAUAAAUCAAUAAUGCUCCAUAUUUCUCUCA